AUGAUGUCCUCCUUCAACAGCUUCACCAAUUCUUUGAACCAAAAAUUCCAAGAACUUUCCACCGCGGUCUCUGAGAAGACUCAGGAAUUGUCAACCAACAUCCCCAACUUAACUCAGUCGACCCAGAGGUUUGUGCAGGAGAGACUGGGGCAAGUGACUGACAUUUCACAGCUUCCACAGGAAUACUUGGAAUUGGAGCGCAAAGUUGACACUAUCAAGCUAAUCUACGAGAAUUUCUUACAUGUCACUUCAAUUUACGAGAACGAGUCGUACGACUAUCCAAAGUAUGUGACCGAGUCUGUCAACGACUUUUCCAAGGUGGUUGCCCACAAGGUGCAGGAGCUUUCGCAUGCUUCUUCAGCUUCUGAGGCGCAAAACAUACUCAUCACUCCUGGACCGGCUAAGGAGCCAAGAACGUUGAACUACGCUUUGAGCAAGGUUUCGUUGAUCUCGAGCGAAUAUUUGAACCACAUAGGCGAUCAUGACGAGGCUCAGGUCGCUUCUGUGUUGCUGAAAUACAGCGAUCUGGAGGCCAAAGUGGCUCAGGCGAGGUUGCAGCAGGACACUUUGAUCCAAACUAAGUUCAACAAGCAGUUGAGGGAGAGUCUUGAGCAAAGCUUCAAGAAAGCUCAAAAAGCACGUAGGGACGUCGAGUACAAGAGAUUGCAAUACGAUGUGGCAAGAUCCAAUUUGGCUAAGGCUAAACCUGAAAAGGAGGCUUCCCUAAGGGUCCAAAUGGAGACUUUGGAGGAUCAAUUUGCUCAAGCAACAGAAGACGCUACCGUUGUGAUGCAGGAAGUGCUAUCGGCUGUAAACUUCUCUCACGAGAUCAGGGAACUGGCAAACGCUCAGCUGGCCUACCAUCAAACCUCAGCCAAGCUGAUCGAACAGUUUGUUUCUGGCUUUGAAAGCUCUAACCCUUUGUCUAGUGUGUCUGAUGGCAAGGCUCAAGCAGAAGCAGAUGACGAAGAGGAGGCUGUGAAGGUUGACGUCGAUGACGUUUCCAAAUGA